AGUCCCCCGCCAUUCCGUUAUGUAACUGACGGUUGCUUGAGCCUUGCAGCAGAGCAAAAAACCGGAAACAACACCCAGCCAAAUGCAGAGAGUGGGGGAUGAAUUGAAUUGCCAUAUGCGACGCGCGGGCAGCUGGUUUUCUCCAGCAGGCAGCCAGUUUGCACAAGCAAGUACCCAACCAUCGAUCCAUCCAAUCGCUCGCCCGAGAAAAGAAAGGAAAAAAACAAAUCGCUCUGCCUGCCAGCUGCCACGUGUAAAUGUGCCGGUCUUCUUUCCUUCCUGCCUUCUGUUUCUGCUUAUGUCCCCGUGUGAUCAUCGCCCCCGGCCCCAUGGACCAAACCGAUCAUACAUUGAACUGACAGAAGCACGACCGAGACAAUUCCCCGCAAAGCUUGUCUCUCCGCCCAUCGGCGCCAUAAUAGCGCUCCCUCCCUCCCCGCCAGCCCGCUCGCUAAUGCUUACCCUCGCCGGCGGCCCCACCAUCAAGCCAUGCCACCACUGCCAAUUCACCACUACCCUCCGCCGCAGGGCGCCUCGCCAUUCCUAACCGUAAUGGCCGUGCUCGCCUUCUUCGCAACCUGCCUCCUCGUCGUCGCGGGCUGGAUCCACUGUGUGUCUGGCCCGUCGCGGCGCGAUCACCAGCGCAGCCGUCUCCGGCGACGGAGCAGGAGGGGCGCGACGAGGAGGGUCGGGUUUCAGGAAUGGUACCAUCGUAGGCGGCGCGCGCACUCUGUGUCGUCCCCGAUCACACCGCAGAUGGAGCCGGUGUUUACGUUCCUGCCCUCGCCGCGACGCGGGUCCGCACAGUCCCCGCUGUUCGCUUCCCCCGUCUCGCCCACUGCCGCUGGGGGUGGCUACGGUACGUUCUUUGCUGCUACUCCGCCGCCUCCGCCGUCGCUCAGCGGGAGCUCCUCUUCCUCCUCCUCCUCGUCGGAGGAUGCUGCUACUGCUCCACCCCACCCCAAUUCCGCGCCCACCCCGCCCACAGGAUCCCGUCCCAAACCCCGUCCGCGACGGAGCAUGACCCUGCCGCCCACAAUCUCCUCCUCACCUUCCCCCUACACACGCAGCAAAACCCCCUCCUCACCGGUCUCAAUGUCUCGCCGGGAGAACAAAAAGGCCGCUCGAAGGAAGUCGACGGGGAGCACAGGCGCGCCAAAGGAGUGGACGGGGCUGGGCGUGGGAAUGCCAAUGCCAAUGCCGCUGGGGCUGGGAUUGUGGAUUGGGUACGAUCCUCCGUACCACCAGAGGGGCCUGGAUGUGGUCGUUGAAGAGGCGGGAACCACGCCGCAGUGAUGUGAUGUGAUGUGGAAACGAAUGAAUGAUUUAUGACUUUUGGAUGAUGGCUGUUUUGUGUUGCAUUGCUGCGCAGGUAUCUGCUUGGGCUUCGCUUCUGGCUUGCGAGCGGGAGUUGUUUAGGUUCUUGGUGGCAAUUGCAAUGGAUUCCGAAAUAUCUGUGUAAACCGGACCGGGCACUCGCGCUUCGUCUGC